CUCACAGGGGACCCUGUUAUUGAUUGGACGAGAGUCUUAUCAAUCACGUGUCUUACCGACCAAUCAGCGAAGCGAGGUCGGGUCAAGCACUCUCCAAUCGAACGGCGAAAGAGGCGGGUUUUAGAAGGUUUGCUUUGUGCAGGCAGCAGUCUCCAGGCCUCAGCCAGUCAUGAUGGGUUAUCUGAUGCAAGGACCAAGAGAAGACUUAUAAGCUGAUUUACCCACAGAGCAUAUUUCUAGGAUAUUUGCAGCGCCGUUCUCGGCAGCGGUCCACCGAUACUCUGGCCGCUGUUUUGUUUUCAAACCGCAUCCGCGAUGUGUCUGGAUAUGGCUCAUGACCAUUGCAGCCAGGCAGUGUCCUCAGCAGUCUACAGCCAUGGAGUUUCCUGAUCACAGUCGUCGUAUACUGCACAGCCUUAGAAACCAACAGUCCCAGGGUUUCCUUUGUGAUUGUCAAGUGUCAGUUGGUACUGCUCGUUUCCUGGCCCACCGUUCAGUCCUCGCAUCAUGCAGCCCAUUUUUCCACAUGUCAUGCAGGGAGCGACCAGACAUUCAAGAACUCACACUCAACAACCAGAUUGUCACAGCGCCAGCAUUUUCUUUACUCCUCAGCUUUAUGUAUUGUGGAAAACUUAGUUUUCAGGAGGCACCUACUGAGGAUGUAUUGGCAGCUGCUAGCUAUUUGCAUAUGGAUGAAGUUGUAAGGGUGUGCAAGAAAAGGUUGCAGGGUCGAGCACCUGCUGAAGCAGAUAGCACACGGCGAGAGGAGGAAAGUGGAACAAGCUGCUUAGGUUUAGAAGAUAAUAAUGGAGACCAUAGACACGAGGACUUAGAGGGUGGCCACACAGCUGAAAAGAGUUUGCAGUACCAGGGGCAAGAAACAGCAGGAAAUAGGCAGCGAGCAUCCGGGAGUGCCAUGUACAAUUUGCAGGAAGUAGCAGGAAGCAGCAGAUAUCAGAGGCAAGAUACAGCAGGAAAUAGUCAGAAGUUAUUAACAACUAUAAAAUGUCAGGGUCCUGAAGCAUCAGGAAGAGUAGCGGGUAUAUCCAGAUUUGAGAUGCAGGGCAUGGCAGAAAGUGGACAGGGUAUAACAGGCAGUUCCAGGUUUGAGCUGCACCAAGGAGCAGGCAGUAGUGAAGCAGUCACUGGAAGCGCCAAGUGUCAGUUGCAACAAAUAACAGUGAACAAGCAGGAGGUGGCUGGGACAUCUAGGUUUGAGAUCCAGGACAUGGCAAACAGUGAACAGAUGGAGGAAGCUGGAAGAUGCUCUGUCCAGGAAGCGGUUGAAAGUACAGCCAUGCCAUCUAAUCCAAGAUUCUCCUCACAGAAUCAAGAUACAGGGUCAGUUGGGCAUACAGGGCUUUCUAGAAACUCCCCAAAGAGGCAAGAGCCAGCUGGAAGCACACAGGGUAAUGGAAGCUCUAGAUAUUCACAUCUGGCACAGGAUACUGUUGGUUUGGGUACUGAGUCUUUACCUCCGCCUAGGUACUCUUUGCAGUCACAGGAUGAGGCUGGUUCUACAUUGCCAGUUGUAGGAAACUCCAGAUUCUCUGUGCAAACUCAGGAUCCCGCUGGAAGCAUUUUGGCAAUGCAAGGUACAGUCAGAUAUUCACUUCAGAGUCCAGAUUUGGCAGGCAACAGCCUAGCACAGUCAGUCACUUCUAGAUUUUCCUUACAAGAACCCACAGGGAGCAUACAGGGAGUGCCAAUGCGUGUCAGAUAUAAUCUGCAAAUUCAGGAGCCCACAGCUAGCACAGCUGUAGCUCCUGGCCCAUCACGAUGCUUUCUUCAAAGUCCAGAGUCUGCAACAAAUGCACUGGCACUGCCAGGAACGUCAAGAUACCCUUUGCAUAGUCCAGAGUCCCCUGCUGCCAAGAAAGAAGAAAGAGAAUGCACCAAAUCGGAGUUGACAGUUACUACCACCACUCAGCCAGGCAUGGAAACAGCAGCUGCACCUAGCCCAUGUAGCUCCACUGUAAGUGAGGGCCAGCCAGCUCCUGGUGUUGCCGUAAAGAUAGAAGCCAUUGUUAUAUCUGACGAAGAGUGUGAGAGGGCAGUUGGAACGUUUAAAAGACAUGGAUAUGAUGAAGAGGAGGAAGGAGAAGAAGAUUCUGGGUAUGUGCCUUACCAUAUGAUUGCUGUGCCAAGUGGGCACCACCCAAGCUAUGGAGGCAUAUUGCCUCCAUCCAUGCACCCAGAGGGUAUGUAUUUACAGGAUUUUGAAGGACAUCCUGGAUUUCCACUUUUCCCUGAAGAUGUGCCCACCUGUAAAACAUGUGGAAAAACCUUCUCUUGUUCAUAUACCCUUCGUCGCCAUGCUACAGUUCACACACGGGAGCGCCCCUAUGAGUGCCGUUAUUGUUUGCGCAGUUAUACACAGAGUGGAGACUUGUAUAGACAUAUCCGCAAGGCACACAGUCAACAGGAACCAGGCAUCAAAAAAGCCAAGGGGGACCUGGAGCCUACACCCCCGAACUUGCCUUAAAAUGUUGGAUGGUUACUUUACAUCAUUGAGCUAAUAUAAUUAACUUUUCAGUAACUUUUGACUUUCGAGAGUUCGAAAUUAGUUGGGAGAGCUGUGUCCAUUAUGGACCAAGCCAAGUUCAUAUUCCCUUUUUAUCCCUAAGGCUUUCUCAAUUGGUUUUAUUUAUUGACAGUAAUAUUGUGGGUUUUUUCUUGUAUCUAGAAUUGAUCAGAGCUUGGAACUUGCUAAAUAACAAAAGUGAGAUAGCUAU